UUAGUUAUUCCAAUUGUGACAGGCACAAACUCUUCGAGGCUCAACGUGGUCCACUGGCAUGGCCUGUGCCAAUCCCAAGCGCGCCAGGACAAGCCGUCCCAUUGGGAGCUCCUCCGUCGGGACCAAGCCCGCGUCGACUACAUCCAUCGCCGGACAACCAACUCCAAAGCCCGCCUCAACCCUAUUAGCGACUCUCUUUUUGCAGAUGUUCCGGUAAGCGUUGGUUAUGCACUUGCUUCAAAUGACUAUAUCAUCAAUAUAGGCUUAGGCACCCCUACCAAGUACUUCUCAGUUAGUUUUGACACCGGUAGCGAUCUCACUUGGACCCAAUGCAUCCCUUGCGUUAAUUUUUAUACCCAAAAAGACCCACUUUAUGACCCAACCCAGUCCUCCACCUUCACCGACACCUCAUGCAACUCUUACUAUUGCACCCAACUCAAUCGAUUUGGUUGCUCCUCUACCUCCACCUGUCUCUACGAAGAAGUAUAUUUCGAUUAUUCUAGUACUAAUGGCUCACUCAUUCAAGAUACCUUAACAUUCUCCUCUGAUAUUAUACACAACUUCAUUUACGGUUGUGGACAUAACAACACCGGGUAUUUCGGACAAGUAGAUGGGUUAUUAGGCCUCGGCCGAGGGGUUGUUUCAAUUAUUUCUCAGACAGCUCAAUUGUAUGACAAAGUAUUCUCAUAUUGUCUACCAUCAGGGUCCAACGCAAUUGGAUAUCUCAUACUAGGUAGCUCUGUCCCUGAUGUGAACUAUACACCGAUGCUAACAAACCCAUACGCGCCAUCACUCUACUUCCUCAAGCUCAUUGCCAUUUGUAUUGGGGAUGCAAGGAUUGACUUUUCACCUACUGGAACUGUGUUGGACUCUGGCACAACAUUUAGCCGCCUGCCAGCCUCUGUCUACUCCGCCAUCCGCAACAUUUUCAAAAAUAUAAUGGCCAAAUACCCGACGGCGCCACCAUUGUUAAGUCUCGACACAUGCUAUAACCUCACUAACUACCCAAAUGUUGAGGUGCCGUCUAUGUCGUUGAUCUAUGAUGGCGAAGUGAUAGCUUACUUAGAUGGUUCAGGGAUAAUUUACAAGGCCACUAUAUCUCAAAUGUGCUUAGCCUUCGCUCAAAAUAAUGAUGAUAGUGAGGUUGUAAUCAUUGGUGCUACGCAGCAACGCACAUUCAAUGUAGUCUAUGAUGUGGAGAACUUAAAAAUUGGCUUUGGAAGUAAUGGUUGUAAAUAGUGAUGGAUCGAUCAAGUUGAUUGGGUUAAAUGCAAUGUAUUGAUGUAGUAAGAAUGAAUAGGUUUUGUCAUGUUGGUUAUAAAAUCACGGCGUGUGGGACAAUAAAUGUAGUCAUGAAAAAAAAAAGUUCAAUUGUAUCCAAAUUUUAUGAAAUAAUUAAAUAUCAAAUGAAGGCAAUGUUAUAUGAGUUGAUGAAAACCAUUAAGAUGUGCUUAAUUUCUUUAUAAUUAUGAGGGAAUGAAGACAUUAAUUGUUGGAGGUUAGAAUUUUGAUUAUCAGAAAUAAAAUGUCAUCUUUCUUUGCAGAAGAGCUUAUACUUAAAAAGAAUGAAGACUACUUUAUGUGAUGAUUUUUCUUCAGUGUCAAACCCUUACAAAGUAAAAUCAUCACAUAAUUUUCUUCAACUUCACUCUUUUGGUUCUAAUUUUGGCUUCAAUUUUCUUUUUUGUUAUGUUCUUUAAAUGGAAGCAUUUAAGGAUUAUGAGUAUUGCCAACCCAUUUGGCUGUACAACUUAACGCCUUAAAUCUUUGAUGCAACCAAUUACCAAUCCCAUGUUCCUUAAUUAUGGGGACAUUUAGGCUAAUUUAGGCAAACUCACAUACCGAUCACUUAUGCAAUCUUAGAACACAAGACCUCUAGUUGAUAGCCAAAGCUACCAACAAACUGAUCAAUGAGAGUUAUGUAAUGAUUAAUUAUGUGAUUUACAUUUUUUAUAAAUUUGAAGAAUUUUUUUUCUAAAUAUUAUGCCCCCACAUGAAAAAAAUUCUAACUCUUUCACUGUCUGCAUGCAUCAUGUAUGAGUAUGCUCAUCCAUAAUAAUUAUACAAUUC